UUCCGGUCAGCCAGGUACCUAACUUUAAAUUUUACCAACUUACAACAUCAAAAUCGUCACCAUCAUCAAUUCUACAUAUUCUCUCUUUACAAACCUACCAAUUCCUCCUUGCGUCUACUUAUUUACUUCUACUACGUAAGUGAUUAUCUAUCUCCAUAGAUUUAAUUCUAGACGAAGCACGUGGGAGAUCUCUCGACCCGGCCUAUCGGACAGGAGAGGGGUUGUAUUUUCAGCUAGGUUCGGUCCCGCGCAAUUGGAACAGCGCUGCGCCUCUUAUUGGACCAUCCGACCCGUUUGCUACUAUGGGAUCCUUUCAAUUAGGAUCGCCGACCAGGGAUGAUGAGGCACAUGUGUUUAUCUAUUUCACUGAUAGGUUAAUCCAUCACAACGCGUGGUCAGCUCAUAAUACCUAUAAGAAUCCAGCUUUAGUAGCUCACGUCAAGCUUCGCAGUCCCGUCACUUGGCAUUCCACUCGUUACCGCUAGGUCCCGUCUUUAGGUAGCAGAUCUAAGGCGAAAAGAAGAAGACCAGAUCAAGAUGCAGCUGGUCAACUCUGUCGCUCUCGUGUCAGCUCUACUGGUUCACUCCGGUAGGGCUGCCGCUGACGAUAACGCUUUCGUUACGGCCGCGCCUCACGCCGGAUCAGCUAUUUCGGAUUCGUACCCUCCCAAAGGCACCUCCGUCGACUCCGCCCUCUUCCCACCCGAGUCCGAGGUCGGCUUCCCUGGUCCGACCGCAACGGGUGCGCAACCCGCAGCCAUUCAGACAGCCGCGUUGUACCCAGGUAACCAAGGACCGACGAAUCAAUUCCCUCUAGUCGCACCCCAGCCGCACGGUCAUAGCGAGUCCGCCGACAAGUUCGACAUUACUAAGUAUUGGGGUAACUUGUCGCCGUGGUAUUCUUUAUCCUCCGCCGACUACGGUUUGCCCGAUACCAGCCCGCUGGCCCCCGAGGGCUGCAGCGUCACGCAGGUGCAUAUCCUAUACCGCCAUGGUGCGAGAUAUCCGACCACCGGUGCCGCGCCGGCCCAAUUCGCGUCCAAGAUUGCGAACGCGACGCAAGAAGGACUACAAGUGAGCGGCGACCUAGCUUUCCUAGCCGACUGGACCUAUAAGUUGGGUGGUGAGCUCCUUACCCCCUUCGGUAGGAGUCAAGAGUUCCUCCUCGGCGUACAGCACCGUCAGCUUUACGGCCAUCUCCUAAACAACUUUACCGAAGCCGGUGCCAUCCCCGUCUUCCGAACCGAGUCUCAAGAUCGCAUGGUCAAGACCGCCCAAAACUUUGCGGCCGGCUUCUUUGGUGUGCCUGAAUUCUUGGAUGAGGUAAACAUCGAAAUCCUUGUUGAGGCGGCAGGUGUGAACAACUCCGGUGCACCUUAUGAGGUUUGCACCAAUUCCAAUGUCAACAGUCGAGGAAGUAUUGGAAGUGCUUUGGCGUCUAAAUUUGCCAACAAUGCUUUCAACGCUACCCUCGAUCGCCUAAACUCGCAAAUCUCUGGUCUUAGCUUUACGCCAACUGAUGCUAUUGCGAUGCUUCAACUUUGCUCUUAUGAAACGAACGCGCUGGGUUACUCUGCAUUUUGUGAACUUUUCAGUCAGGAAGACUUCCUGAAUUACGAGUAUUACUUCGACCUGUCGUUCUACUACAAUAACGGACCCGGCUCUCCCGUUGCCGCUGCUCAAGGAAAGGCUUAUCUACAGGAAUUUGUCGCUCGCUUCACGGGAGAAUUCCCCGAAGCCUGGUCGGCCUUGAACGAGACCUAUGAUAACUCGGAAACCUACUUCCCUCUCAACCAGUCCAUCUACGCUGAUGCAACCCACGAGGUAGUAGUUUUGGACACCUUAACCGCAUUCAACCUAACAGCACUGUUCAACGGACCGCCGCUGAGCGCCACUGAAAACCGAAGACAAAACAGCUUUUCGGCCAGUAAGCUCGUGCCAUUCGGAACACAUUUCGUCGUUCAAGUCCUUGAGUGCCCUGCCUACCAACCCACCAAGCAAGCCAGGUUCCUUGUAAACGACGCGGUCAUCCCCAUCGCGGACUCUUACUCUGGCUGCUCAGCUGAUCCUCACGGUCUCUGCUCAUUCGAAAACGUUGUUUCGGUUCUCAAGGACCGUAUCAAUGAAAUCGACUUCGACUACGACUGCUUUGCCAACUACACCACCGAGGCUGGCAUUGAUUACAAUGGUAGAGCGCCUCGGAGUUAGGAAGACGAGUCGCAGGCGUUUAGUCUGCAGAGCGGAGUGGCCGGUGCAAUGGUGAAAGCUUUUAUGGUCUUGGGUAGUAUCAU